UAUUACAGAAUUUAGAAACGAUGUGCAAGCCGACUUAGCGAAUUUUUGAUUUUUACCCGGGUUAUGUCCCAAUAUGUGCAAAAAUUUUCAGAUUUUCAAAAGAUUUCCCCUUUUUUUGGGACCUUGCUUAUUAAGAGUGUGGUGAACCGUGUUCAGACCAGUAGUGCAAGUGAGCAGGCAGAUGAUGUCCUAAAUAAAUUUGUGGAGACGAAACAACUAUUCAGAUUAGACGUGUUGUUCAGAAAGAGUGGAAACUUUGUGCAGACUGGAUUAAAUAUUAUUUGCUCGGAUAAAAAUCAAGUGAUUAAAAUGUUGCUACGUGUGCUGCUUGUGUUCUACCUGCUCAAUGAAGCAAUUCCUGCCCAGGGAAGAAACGAAGACUUGGUAAUAAGUUGGGAGCAAAAAAUAAAAUUGGACGAGUUUAGGACAAUCAUGGAACCCCACCUGCCCUACGACUACAUGAAUAUGGACAUUUAUCUUCUCCGUUGGCUGCAAGUUCGAAGCUUUGAUAUUCCCGCUGCCGCACGAAUGUUGCAAGAGAAUCUCCGGUGGCGGGAAGAGAACGAGAUGGACACCGUUUUGGAAGAAGAUUGGACCCAGUUUAACAACCAGUAUCGUUUCAACCUGGAUGGUUGCGAUGACAACGGGGCUCCUGUUGCCGUGCUUUUCGUGGGCGAAUGGGACAUGCGACGAGCCGUCUUGGCCGGACAGUCGGACAAAAUGCGCCGCUUUAUGGACAAAUGUUUCGAAGAAGUGACCACAGUUUUGAGAAAUAUGCAAGCACGUGGGUCCAACGCCACGAGAGUAUACAUCAUUUUCGAUUUAGCCUGGGUCAGUUUCCAAGUACAAGUUGGUUCUCGGUGUCUGCCGUUGUACAUUUACAUGGUGCAGUCGCAAGCUGCCCACUACCCCUUGGUGGCGAAUGUUGGUGUCGUCAUAAACACACCUGACAUUAUAAUCCCGGUGUGGAAUAACGUCAUCAAACCUGCAGCACCUCCAGAGGUUCGGAAGCUGGUGGAAGUUUACGGCAGGAAGAAGAGUUUAUGGCGGGAAGCUUUGUUGACCAAGUAUGGCAUCGAUUUCACUAAACUGAGUCACGAAAUGGGCGGCGACGGACCUGACCCCGUUGAUUCGAACGAUCUCAGAAAGAGUGGAUAUUUGUACGAGUGCCCUGAAUUAAAAUAA